CUUUCUCUGGCUUCGGGCUCGCGGCCGCUUUGGUUCGUAACGGCUGCUGCUCCAAAAUGGCGGCGCUCCCGUAUCCGCAGGCGGCGACGGCGGCAGCAACGGCAACGACGACGACAACAACAGUAGCGGCGGCGGCCUCUGCCUUUCCACGGCGGGGCCUAGGGGAAGAACAGUUGCUGCCGGCUGUGGAGCCUGAGGAGAUCGAGCGGCGGCUACAGCGGACCCGCGAGGAGCUGAGCAACAGGCGGAAAAUCCUGGUGAAGAACCUGCGGACAGACAGCAGCAGCAGCAGCCAGGAGAUACAUGAGCUACUUAAAGACUAUGAAUUGAAAUACUGCUAUGUGGAUAAGAACAAAGGAACUGCUUUUAUUACUUUGAUGAAUGGAGAACAAGCGCAGGAUGUCAUUCACAAAUUUCAUAAGUCCACUUUCCAGGAAAGAGAGAUAUCUGUUCAACUGCAACCUACUGAUAGCUUGCUUUGCAUUACCCAGCUACCAUUGUCCUACACUCAACAACAGUUUGAAGAGCUGGUCCGCCUUUAUGGGAAUGUGGAGAGAUGUUUCCUGGUUUAUAAUGAGACUACUGGUCAUUCAAAGGGUUACGGUUUUGUCGAAUAUAUGAAGAAGGACUCUGCUGCUCGAGCUAAGUCUGAACUUAUGGGGAAACAGCUGGGGCCUUGCACACUGUAUGUACAGUGGACAGAUGCAGAUCAUCUCUCAGCUGAUUUCCUUCACUCGAAGUGCCUUUGUAUAGAUAAAAUUCCCCACGAUUAUAAGGACACAACGGAGCUGACAGAACUCUUCUCUCAGAUGUUUAAGCCAGUUUUCUGUCAGCUUGCCCAGGCCUCAGGUAGCCAUCCUUCUUUUGCAGUGGUGGAGUAUGAAACUGCAGACCAAGCAGAAUUAGUGCAAAGAUCUACUGAUGGAAUAUUUUUUGGUGGUAGCCAAGCCCGUGUUUCAUUUUGUGCACCAGGGCCUCAGGGUCGCAGUACACUUGCAGCACUAAUUGCUGCUCAGAGGUUGUUGCUGAACAGCAGGAAGGGCCUUCUUCCAGAACCUAACCCGCUACAGAUUUUAAACAGCUUGGGUAAUCCUGCUGCAUUGCAGUUACUACUGAGGCCUUACCUCCAUGGUUAUGCUGGCAAGAAAAAUAUUUUGGGAAAUACUAGCAACGUGCCAGUUCUGCCAAAUCCUGCAUUGACUGCAGCCCUGCUUCAGAUAAAUCAAACACAGAAUGCUGUGUUGGGAAAUGGACUGUUUCAGAAUCUAAUACGAAUGCAGGCAGCUCAACAGAUGCUCGUAAACAAGGAGAAUCCAGCAAUCAACAAUAAGCCUGGUUUGCUUGGCGACCCAUCUGUUUUACUUCAAACUGCUUUGGGCCGAGGGCCAACUACAAUGAUGAACCCUGGGAAAGGAAUUUUGGCUGACUCACCAAAGGGUAUUCCAGUUCCUGCAUUGCCUGUUGAAUUCACUAAAGUGGCUACUCAGCCACUGGUGGGGACAUUGUCAUUUCAGUCCAAUCAGAAACUCCUGGGACAAAAUACAAAUGAGCAUAAAUCAAUGUUGGAAAAGCCAAAUGUAGUCAUUGGGCCAUCUCCAGUUUCUGCUUCAAUGACUCAGGCACAUCUUCAAGGAAUUCCUAAUUCAUUUCUGAGCAGCUUGACCAGUCAGCAAAAAGCACAAACCCAGCCUAAAGUGUCUAUGAGUAAUGCUGUUUGGACUACUACAAUGAGCAACCAGACGUCAUUGUUGGGAGUCCCACCACCUGAUCUAAAAAUACCGAACAAUCCUUAUCUUAACUUUUGCAAUAUACUGCCAAAUCUCAAUUUGCAAGUUGGAAAUGCCAGUAAGCAUAACCCUGGGCAACAGCAGACUGGAGUUCUGGAAUCCAUGUUAAAUCCAGCAAUCUCAAGGGCAGCCACAGCACCUGAAAUGCUACAGACAUCCACCUCCCAGUAUGCAUUUGACUGCUAUCCUGAGUACACAUCAAGCUGUGGGGAAUAUUCACAGGAUGUCAUGCAACAGUGGUACCAGACCUAUGUUCCAUCACACAACUCCUCUGAGGCGUUUGUAACCGGAUGUGAAAAAGAACAGUGUGAGGUAUCAGCCCCAACUUUUGUUCAGACAUCUGCAGCUCCUGUUGAAAUGUUCUAUAACCAGCACACGUCUGUAAAUACCAAUGUGGACUAUAGUAUGGCAGUGCAAGUGGUGCCUUCGUAUUAUGCUGGAAGUCAAACAUAUUACCCUGGAAGCAUUCAAAGUGGCCAAACUACCAAGGGGUCUCCUUGUGCUACAUCGCAGCAGUCACUUGCUCCAGGGGCUGGAAUCCUGGGUCCAGCACCUGUGGGAAACCCGAUGUCUAAUGUCAAGUCUCCAGUGACUGGUCAGAAACGUGCAUCUUCCUACCUCCUGCCUUCCCCUGAAGUGAGUCCAGAUGGAGGCUACGUUGGACAGCACUCGCAGGGCCUUGGUGGCCAUUAUGCUGAUUCCUAUUACAAAAAAAAGAGGAUAUUUUGAUUUAUUGCUGUUAUUUUUGCUGCUGUUUUCUCUUGCUUAAUGCUGGAACGUAUGUUUAAAUGUGAAGCUGCCCUUUGUUGAUGCAUUUUCUGUUUAGAAAAUUUAUUUUCUUUCAAAAAAAACAAAAAAGUUUUAAUGGUUUCCUUAAGUUUUUAUGUUGAAAUAGGAUUUUUAAUCUGAUUCCCCCUACUUCCCCCAUCAUCCCUCCCAGCAUCGCAUUACCAUGCAUUUUGGUUCAUGCCUGCUAAAGGCAUUCUUGACCUCCCAUUGUUUUGAAGGCAGCUGCAUAAUCUGGUUUCAAAUUUCUAUUGUUAUGGUGGAGUGGGACCAGUUUUAACUUCUUUCAAUCAGUCUUCAUGGAAUGUGCAGGAAGAAUUAUAGAGCUUUUCUGCUUAAUCACACUUCAGUGUUUCACAUUAGAAUGUAUUAAGAUUUUUGCGAGGGAGGGAAAAGGUCAUGAGGAAAAAGGUUGAGUCCCCGCCCCCCCAAAAUUAUCUAUCUUUUCAAUCAUUUCACUUCUGGUACACCUCUCUAGUUUAGUUAUUGAAUUGCACUUUUUACAGAUUUGUUUGCAUAUGUGGAAUGCAUUGGAUGUAUAUGGAAAUUAGCUUUUUUACCAUGGAUGAACCACUUGUUCUCUGACUGCACUAACUGACAUUUAUUUGAUGUAGUUGUCCUCAUAGUUACACUAUGCAGUAUGGCCUGCUCCCACUGACCAAAGCAAAGAUGUUAGGAUUUUUUGUGUUGCAUACAUCAUAUAUCACUUAACAUUUAAAAAUACUUUGUGUUCUUUUUUGGCUGCUUUGAAGGUCCUUCUUUUAUUGAUGGGAUGGUUAUACUAUGAAAUAAGUUUUAAUGCUGAUUCAUGUAUUUCUGUUUUUGAUUUAAUAUGGUAUGUGAAUUACAAUUUUUGGGGACUGUGGUAGUAUAGUCCUAGUUUUCUUUUUAUAAAAAAAAGUUUCUAACUUUUACCAGGGAAAAGCAGAAGUGCAUUUCACUACACUUGAAUCAUAAACUGUGGUUUACUUUUCUGUUUUCUUUUUGAAUAGUAAACAAAGUAAAAGUCUUAA